AUGGCUGACCAGCUGCGAUACGACGGCCAGGUGGUGGUCAUCACCGGCGCCGGCGGCGGUCUGGGCAAGGCCUAUGCCACCUUCUUCGGCUCGCGGGGCGCCAGCGUCGUCGUCAACGACCUGGGCGGCUCCUUCAAGGGCGAGGGCAACUCUACAAAGGCCGCCGAUGUCGUCGUCGAGGAAAUCAAAAAGGCCGGCGGCAAGGCCGUCGCCAACUACGACAGCGUCGAGAACGGCGAGCGCAUCAUCGAGACGGCCAUCAAGGCCUUUGGCCGCAUCGACGUGCUCAUCAACAACGCCGGCAUCCUGCGCGACGUCGCCUUCAAGAACAUCAAGGACGAGGACUGGGACCUCGUCAUUAAGGUCCACGUCACGGGCGCCUACAAGUGCACCCGCGCCGCCUGGCCGCACUUCCGCAAGCAAAAGUACGGCCGCGUCAUCAACACUGCGUCCGCGGCCGGUCUGUUUGGCAGCUUUGGGCAGACGAACUACUCGGCUGCCAAGCUGGCCAUGGUUGGCUUCACCGAGACGCUGGCCAAGGAGGGCGCCAAGUACAACAUUCUGUCAAACGUCAUUGCCCCCAUCGCCGCCAGCCGCAUGACUGAGACCGUCAUGCCCCCCGACGUCCUCAAGGCCCUCGGCCCCGAGUGGAUCGUGCCCCUCGUCGCCGUCCUGGUCCACUCCAACAACACCACCGAGAACGGCAGCAUCUUCGAGGCCGGCGCUGGCCACAUGGCCAAGCUGCGCUGGGAGCGGUCCAGCGGCCUGCUGCUCAAGGCCGACGACUCGUACACGCCCGGCGCCAUCCUGAAGCAGUGGAACAAGGUCGUCGACUUCUCCAACCCCCAGUACCCCUCGGGCCCCAACGACUUCAUGACCCUGCUGGAGGAGUCGAUGAAGAUGGGCCCCAGCGAGCAGGGCGAGAAGCUCGACUUUACCGGCCGCGUCGCCCUCAUCACCGGCGCCGGUGCGGGCAUUGGCCAUGCGUACGCUCUGGCCUUUGCAAAGUACGGCGCCUCGGUCGUCGUCAACGACCUGGUCAAUCCGGACACCACCGUCGAGGAGAUCAAGAAGCUCGGCGGCAAGGCCGUGGGCGUCAAGGCGUCCGCCGAGGAUGGCGAUACCGUCGUCAAGGCCGCCAUUGAUGCCUUUGGCCGCGUCGACAUUGUCGUCAACAACGCCGGCAUUCUGCGUGACAAGGCCUUUACUAACAUGGACGACAACCUGUGGCACCCUGUCAUGAACGUGCACCUUCGCGGCACCUACAAGGUCACCAAGGCUGCUUGGCCCUACUUCCUCAAGCAAAAGUACGGCCGCGUGAUUAACACGACGUCCACGUCUGGCAUCUAUGGCAACUUUGGCCAAGCCAACUAUGCCGCUGCUAAAUGCGGCAUCCUCGGCUUCUCCCGCGCCCUGGCCCUCGAGGGCUUCAAAUAUGGCAUCUACGUCAACACCAUCGCCCCCAACGCCGGCACCGCCAUGACGGCCACCAUCAUGCCCAAGGAGAUGGUGGACGCCUUCAAGCCCGACUACAUUGCGCCGCUGGUGCUGGCCCUCAGCAGCGACAAGUGCCCGAACCCGACGGGCGGGCUGUACGAGGUGGGCAGCGGCUGGUGCGGCAAGACGCGCUGGCAGCGGACCGGCGGCCACGGCUUCCCCGUCAACAAGCCGCUGGUGCCGGAGGAGGUGGUGAAGCACUGGGACGAGAUCAUCAACUUUGACGACGGCCGGGCGGAUCAUCCCGAGAAGGCGCAGGACGGCCUGGAGAAGAUUAUGAAGAAUAUCGAGAACAAGUAUCUCGCCGCCAUUGACGAGGCUCUCAAGAAGGAGGGCGAUCCGACCGAGUACAGCUUCACGGAGCGAGACGUCAUUCUAUACAACAUUGGUGUGGGUGCCAAGCGAAAGGAACUCAAAUACGUCUUCGAAGGCGCAGAAGACUUCCAGCCCCUCCCAACCUUUGGCGUCAUCCCCCCCUUCUCCGCCGAAACGCCCUUUGACUUUGACGCCCUCGUGCCCAACUUCUCGCCGAUGAUGCUCCUCCACGGGGAGCAGUACCUCGAGAUCCGCAAGUUCCCCCUCCCCACAUCCGGCCGUCUCGUCUCCCGCGCAAAGCUCCUCGAGGUCGUGGACAAGGGCUCCGCGGCAAUCGUCAAGACGGGCGUCACGACGAUCAAUGCCGAAACCAACGAGCCCGUCUUCUACAAUGAAAUGACCGUCUUUUUGCGCGGCUCCGGCGGCUUCGGCGGCUUGAAGAGGGGUCAAGACAGGGGCCCUGCCACGGCGGCCAACGAGCCUCCCAAGCGCGCGCCGGAUGUCGUCGUCGAGACGGCCACGGGUGAGGACCAGGCGGCGAUUUAUCGGCUCAGCGGAGAUUAUAACCCGCUGCAUAUUGAUCCCGGGUUUGCCAAGAUGGGGGGGUUCAAGGCGCCGAUUCUGCAUGGGCUGUGCACGUUUGGGAUUGCGGGCAAGGCCGUGUAUGAUCGGUUCGGUGCCUUUAGGAAUAUAAAGGUGAGGUUUGCGGGGCCGGUGAUUCCCGGGGAGACGGUGGUGACGGAGAUGUGGAGGGAGGGGAAGAGGGUUGUGUUUCAGUGUAGGGUGAGGGAGACGGGGAAGAUGUGCAUUGGGGGCGCUGCGGCGGAGCUUCUUUGA